GUCCCCCGUCCCCGUCUCGGCAUUCACGAUGACAUCUUUACACCGUAUAUAUAAACAAUAUCGCAAUUCCAACCUAUUUUGCAAUAUCCGGCCUGCGGCCAUGUAACCAUGACGGCCUCAUUGCUUCUCCCUGCUCUGAGCUACAUCUUUGGAUGGGGAUAUUUCAUAUCCUGGUCGCUCUCCUUCUACCCGCAACCGUUGCUCAACUACUAUCGUCGGAGCACGAGCGGGGCUACCAUUGACUUCCCUGCGAUCAACAUCCUCGGUUUUGCUGCCUACUUCAUCUCAAAUACCGCUUUCCUAUACUCCCCUGAAAUCCGACGACAGUAUGCGGCGCGCAACCAUGGGCUCACCCCGACGGUGAAGCUCAACGAUGUCGCGUUCGCCGCCCACGCGACGAUAUGCAGUACCAUCUCCAUGUCGCAGUAUUUCCCACAGAUCUGGGGCUUCGAGGAUAGGGGCAGACGGAGGGAAAGGGUCGGCAGAACCGUAAUGGGUAUCUUCAUUGGCAGUAUUAUAGGCAUUGGGGGCGUGGCAGUUGUGGUGGCGAGCUAUCCAGGCGAUGAUGUAGUCACAGGAUGGGCAGGGAUCGAUGUUGUAUACGCGAUCUCAUACGUCAAGCUCGUCGUCACCCUCAUCAAAUACAUACCGCAGUUAGUUACCAACUACAACAACAAAUCCACCCACGGCUGGUCGAUCCACCAAAUUCUGCUCGACCUUAUCGGCGGCUUUCUCUCGCUAGGACAACUAGGAAUCGAUUCAUAUAUACAGCGCGACUGGUCUGGGGUUACCGGGAACCCCGUCAAGCUCUCCCUGGGUAACUCAUCACUCCUGUUUGACUCGAUGUUUAUCAUCCAACAUUACAUCUUGUAUCCUGGAGCAGGCAAGAACGAACACAGCGAGAGCAGUCGGCUUCUGGAUGCGGAAGGAGAUGAGGCUGCGUAAGCUUCCGACCUUCCGGCAGCACAGGCGCUGUUAUAUUUAACAUAUAAUCGCCGUCCAAUAUAGAACCACGUCCGCUUCGGGGCGCAUCAAUCAUGUGCCGGAGACCAAGUUAGAUAUUGAGUUGAGAUAUUGUAAGAGUACUUACUGCUAAACUUCUACUGAUCAGGUGGCGAGUUGUGACACCCACCAUCUUCAUAACAACUAUUUACGAGAAGUUGUGAGUGAUUGAGCAGGGGGUGCUGAAACAUUGUUGAUCUUUGUGACAUAUGAUCCCAGUUUAGCGCUGCGCACUAGUUUUAGAUUUCAGCCUGGGCAAUUUUCAGCCUUCGGCUCAUAGAUAAAUCACCAUUUUAUAGAACAUCAAGCC